GCGCGAACCUAUCGACCAGCUAACCCUCCGGGUAACACCCUUGCGAUCCUCAGCCGAAGCUCACUGCUUCUCCGGCGAACUAGUGGGUAGUACACGCACGCGACACAGAUUUCAACUUGGAUUGUUUAGUUUCUCCUUCCUCACCUCUCUUAUUUCAUCCUUUCCUUUUGGAUUACCUUACGUUGAAGUGUUAUUCCACAACUUGGGAAAAAAGGGCACAACAAGGAGACGAAUCGCGGUAGUGAACGUCGUCGAACGAGCCACAAAGCCCAAGACACGAAAUCUCCGCCUCCGCCUCCCGUUCCUAAGCCGCUCGAAGAACACGAAGAUCGUCGCAUACGGUGACCAUCCGACCACCAAAAGCCACCGGAAUUCUGCGGUUUUGGUCAGGAGGACGAGGUCGGUGUUAAACCAGCAAGAUUACCGGCCGCGGCGGUUGCGCCAAAUACUGUGGUACAGCCCCUUCACCCGGCAACAUUUCAUUCUCCAGCUUUCGACAGUCCUUCACUUCCAAUGUUAACUACCUGAAACGGAGUUUGUCUUCCAGGUUCUCGUCAGGGGAUUUGAGCUCGGAGCUCGACGAUGAACCAAGCACAGACUCCGGGCUGGCCUCCAUGGCCAGGGAUUCGUCCCAAUCGUAUCAAGCGGUACCGGAUCGGCCAUUGCAGUCUCAGCCGACUCCUGUUCCACCGGCUAACCAGCCACCGGUACCUGGAGCACCGCCGUCUGGACCACCUCAACCCGUUGGCGGCGAUCUGAGUCUCAACCUGAGACCCGGAUCGAGAACCACCAGCGCUCCUUCCUCGCCGGCCAAGACCCGGGAAAGUUUACUCCAGAGGGUUCAAAGUUUAACCGGAGCUGCUCGCGACCAGGGUGCAUCGAUUCUAGGAGCAGCGGUGUCAGGUGCAACUAGAGGGCCAUCUUACAACAAAGAUCGGUGUUUCACCCUGCUAGUCAUCGAUGACCAGAAUACCGACUGGAGCAAAUAUUUCCGGGGUCGUAGGCUUCACGGUGAUUACGAGAUCCGUGUAGAACAGGCGGAAUUUAGGGAAUUAUCGUUAACUGCGAGCGAGACUGGUACUAUUGUGUCCAUGGCGGUUUAUCGUAACGGAACCAAGGUCAUCCGAUCUUUCAAACCUGAUUUCGUCCUGAUACGACAGAACCUAAAGGACGCUGGAGAAGACAACAAGAACCUUCUUCUCGGUUUAAUGUACGGCGGUGUCCCGAGCAUUAACAAUCUCACGGCAAUUUAUAACUUUCAGGAUAAACCAUGGGUGUUCGCACACCUGUUAGGACUUCAACGUCGUUUAGGAAAAGACAACUUCCCCUUGAUCGAGCAAACUUAUUAUCCUAACCAUCGUGAAAUGGUGAGUGCAUCUCGUUAUCCGGUUGUGGUGAAACUCGGGCACGCCCACGGUGGAGUGGGAAAAGCCCGUGCCGAGACGAAUCAAGAGUUUCUAGAUCUCGCCUCUUUGGCUGCUUUGGCGAACACUUAUUGCACGUCGGAGCCGUACGUCGACACCAAAUACGACGUUCACGUGCAGAAAAUAGGCAAUAACUACAAGGCGUUCAUGCGGAAGAGCAUAAGCGGAAACUGGAAAUCUAACACCGGUUCGGCGAUGUUGGAGCAAUUAGCCGUAAGCGAAAGACAUCGCACCUGGGUUGAUCACGUGGCCCAAUUGUUCGGUGGAUUGGAUAUCUGUGCGAUCGAGCUGUUGGUCGGGAAGGAUGGUCGAGAAUACAUAAUCGAGGUGAAUGAUAGCGCGCUGUCGUUAAUGGGAGACUCACAAGAGGAAGACCGUCGUCACAUCGCAGACCUUGUCACCGCGAAAAUGCAGGCAUGUUGUCGACCUCCAAGCGUGUUGACAAAAACGACAUCCAGAGGAUCGAUGUCUGGAUCCAGUCAGGCAACGAGUCCUGUAGAAGAUCGCACUGUGCCACCAACAGCUCCGCUAGGAUCGCAUGGAAGCAUGGGGUCCAUGGCUAGCAUAGGGAGCUUAGGUUCCAUGGGUUCCACGACAGCAAUGGCGGGUGAUGUAACUAGUUCUGACAGCCACCAUCAACUGCAACGUCGCGAUUCUCAAGCAUCGCAAUCGAGUACAGUGAGCAGCGCUCCAUCGGUUGGUCGACGCCAAGAAGAUGUUCCAACAUCGAGAGUACCUUUUCACAGACAAGGCAGUCAAUCCCAGAGCGAAGACACCGAAGACACCAUGAAGAACCUUCGGAAAACGUUUGCAGGAAUCUUUGGAGACAUGUAAAUUUUUCGAACGAAAGUGUACUGGAGCAAAGGAGAUCAUGUUAGGAUUAUCAUAAAAUUUAAGUUAGUGAAAAAAAGUAUUUAAAAUGUAAAUGAGUUACUUAAUAUUUUUAACGAAAGAUCGUAUUUUUUUAUAUAGCUUCUUCAUUAUCAGUGAUGUAUAGGAAUAAUUUUGCAAUUAUAGGAUUUUUGUUAAACAGUUGGAAGAUGUAUUUAAAUUAAUUUGUCGAAUAUGAAAAUGUACUGGAAAGGAAUAUAUAAUAUAGUCGAUAUAUUUGUAGAUCAUCAAGCUCAUCUAAAUGACGUUCGCGUCCCACACUGGACGCCAUAUAACAAUGUAAAUUUUGCUAACGGUCCACGGCGAUGUGUAUAAACAUAAACAUAACUUAACUUUUCGUUUUUUAUCAAUUCAAUAGUUCAUUCGUUUCUUGCCAUUCGAUUACGUUGAGCGAAAGAAAAUAUCGUUGGAAAUUUAUUCUUCUAGAAUUCUUGCUAAUCGCGUUGCUAUUACUCUGUACUUGAUUAUUAAUCGAUAUUGCGUAUUCAACGCAUCGGUUGUUAUUCAAAUAUUAACUACGUAUUUUCGAUAAGGGGAGGGUAAGUAAAAAUUAAUGGGGGAUUUAAAGAAAAAGUCGUGGUCGUUUAUGUAUAUUAAAAAGUAAAAAAAUAAAAAAAUCGUAAUGUAGAUUCUAUGUAUUCGAUGUAUUCAGCAUUUACAUAGUGGCUAGGGAAAAUUCUCUCAGGUUAAAAUAGUAAAAGAAUGAAUACUUUUCCAAGUGUCCAGUUAUGUUUCGUUACCAUCGACGUAUCCGUUCUGCAUACUCGUCUCGUUUACGGGGAACGCCGCCACUUGGUUUUUCGAUUCCAACAGGCAACAGUACCAUAGGCCCCUGUCAUCUCCUCAUCCGACUUUACUUCAGGCGUCCACUUUUUAGGCUUAACUUUCGAUUAUAGCAUUGUCUAAAGGCGAGGGAACGGGAAUGAUGCGGAAUGAAAAGAACGAGAAAGCUGCAGAGAGGAAAAAAUGGAAGAUGAGUUAUAAAUUUAAAUGGCUGAUGGAAGUCCUGCAGUAAAAUACAUAUUUGUAAAAUUAUUAAAAAGUAUUUGUAAGCCGACGUCAUUCAAAAUGAUUGAGGAAAACAAAAAAAGAGGAGAUUCGGGCAUUAUACUGAACAUUUGGCUAGAGAAGACUUCGGAUCGAUCGCCCGGCACUCAUUGCCGGGCCAAUGGAAGAACAAGAUCGACCAGUCUGUAUCUUAAGCGCACAAAUAGUCAUUAGGAUUUCGAAACACGGGCAGUACUUUGACAUCGUGCAUGUGAAUAACGCAAACGUUUGGUCUAAUAAACGGGACUUAUGGUGAGGGAGAAAUGAAAAAAUUCUUCUGCAGAGUCGCCGGUUCUUGAACAAUGAUACGUUUCGGCCUGCAAAAAGUGUAAUUCCUCGGCCGGCGACCUUUCGAUUUGGAUUAUUCAAAAUUCAUUGUCUCGAAUAGUAUUGAGCAUCUCGAUGUUGAAAACUGUCCUGCAUUCCGAUAACGAACUGUUUCUUUUUCCUAAAUUUUCACGCAUUUGUAGGUCAUUUGUAAAGGAAAAAAGGAGCUUGCGUAAGGCGACUUGGCACGCUUGCUGAAAAUUCAUGAAAAAAGAGAUGUUCGUUGCUCCGUAGGCUUUAAGAACAAUUACCGAUGAAAUCAAAAUGUAAUAAACGGGUUCGUGAACUAGGAACGGGAAGCGAAAGGGAUGCGGCCGCUAGUUGCCGCGAGAAUGAUUAAAAAAAAAAACAUGGGCAUUCAGUAAAUCGCGAUUCUUUGCGAUCGUGCAAAAAAUCCGAAGCACACCAAGCAACCUUUUGAUGAUCUGCAAAUAUAGUCGUGUUUGCUUGCCUAAUUAACUUGAUUCUAUUGAAGCUCCUUUGAUUCAGUACCCGCUGGAGAAGGAUCUGGAUUUGCGAAGUAAAAACCAAUCGACGAAAGCGAAAAGAGAGAACGAAACGUCUUUGUCCAAAUUUUUCUUUUUUCUUUAUUAUUUAAUUUGUACUUAACAAUUUGUCCAGCUGGACAUUCGGUAAACUUUUCUAGCUUUAUUGCUAAAUAACAUGUGGAUGGUUAUCUCCAACGGGAUACCAUCUUUAAGUUUGUCUAUUUUAUUUCUUUAGUAAGGUCAGUGGAGUGUUUUUUCUUUAGUCUUCUUUUUAUGAAAGUUUUGCUCGCUUCAGCAGCUAGCUGGUUUAGAUGUGUUGCUGUUCUUUCCUUGUAUUUUUUUGCGUACCUGCCGAUUUCUUCUUUGACCGUUGGUAUUUUUAAGUCUUUGCGUAUAUCCUUGUUUUUGACAUACCAUGGGACGUUGACUAUUGUUCUGAGUAUCUUCGACUCUAGCGACUCUAGUUUAUUUAUGUGGCUUAUUGCUGCUGUUCCCCAUAAUCGUAUUCUGUACGACCAAAUUGGUUUCGUUAUCGUUUUGUAAAUUUUUAGUUUAUUUUCCAUGCUGUGUUUAGAGUUUCGACUAGUUAGGCAGUAUGUUGCUUCCAUGUCAGUUGUGUGCCUAAGUGGAGUCUUAGGUAUUUAAUUUACCUUGUUCGUGUUAUAUGCGUGCCAUUUAAUUGGAUAUUUGGUGGUUUCCGGUGGUUAGUGUAAAUGUAAUAUGGUUGCAUUUACUGGAGUUUGCUUUUAUUUGUUUAUCUUCUAGCCAUUUUUCUAUUUUUGUGAUAUGCUCUUGUAGUAACGUGACUGCUGUUUCUGGAUUAGUGUGCCUGACUAGUACAGCCGUGUCGUCCGCGAAUAUCAGUUUUGCUGUUGGUAGUUAUUGGUACGUUGGUCGUGUAUAGUGUGUAUAAUAUUGGUUCUAAGACGCUUCCUUGCGGUACCCCUGCGUUGAUGUCUUUAACUUCAGAAUAUGCGUCCUUUAUUUUUACUACAAUUGUCCAAAUGAUCUCAAUUUACCUUAGCGUAAGAGCUGAUAAACGUAUUACGACGAAAGAUAGACCUCGUGGUGUCAGCUUUGAAAAGAACUAUAAUAAGUUCGUCCGUUUAAUAUUCUGUUCUGAUUUAAUUUCACAUUUCGAUUAUGCGACUUUUGUCAAAGAGGGACAUAGGAAAAUUAAUUUUACUUAAACCUACGUUAGUUGCAAAAACAUAAGGAGAUCCCGGGGCAGCCCUGUUGAGCGUCAGGCGGGCAUCGUGGAGUUUCAGUCGGUAAGUCCGACACUACCCCGCCGCUUCCCAGAAGAGCGGCGAGGUGUCCAUGACGAUUUCCUUACGUAUAAAAAAAAAAAGUGUAGUUUGUUCCGUUACAUAGUGUUUCGAAUAUAGUCCCGGGGCACCACUGACGUUUUUGUCGAUAAUUCUGACACUACCCCACUGCUGCACGGAGGAGCGGCGGGGUGUCUAUGACUAUUUCCUCACGUAUAAAUAAAAAAGAUGUUGCAAGUAUAUAAGAAGGUCCCAGGACACCGCUGUUGAGCGUCAGGCGGGCCACCGUGGAGUUUUAGUCGGUAAGUCCGACACUACCCCACCGCUUCCCAGAAGAGCGGCGAGGUGUCCAUGACGAUUUCCUUACGUAUAAAAAAGAGAUUGCAAGAAUAUAGUAGAGGAACGCAUAGGAUUGUAAAAGGAAUGUAUUGCCUCCUCUCGUUCUGAUUUCUUGUCUCCUAUUAUCAACACAUUGCUUUAUCGAAUUUAGAAAUAUCAAGUAAAUGAACGCAAAGACGUGAACUUGAUCAAUGCUCUAUUGCACGACUAAUUGAUCGAUAUUCCUGUGUGUGUAUAUAGAUGUAAAUUAAUACAUUAGUCAUUUGUUAGAAGGUACAUGGUACACGAAUUUAAACGAUUACAAACGGUUACAUAGUGUUACAAACGGUUACAUAGUGUUACAAACGGUUACAACGGUUACGAGUUAAUUUCCAAGUAAUAGACGUCCAAUGGUUUGGUUUUUGAAGUGCCUUGAAUACUUAAGUGCCCUUCUUGUCACGUUUCUUACCUAUUCAAAGUAGUCGAAGCGCGUGUCAACGUGCACUUUUUACUAUGCACUUAACCAUGAGAAUCUCUCUGUUGUUUGUACUUUUUAUAUACUAAACGCGUGCAUCGUUUUACCUUUUCGCAUGAUCAUCUUUAACGAGCUGCUUAUUGAUUCAUCAGGCACCUCGAUACCGUGGAUAAGUGCAGGUACACCGUCCAAAGUAUGAUCAACAGCAAACGAAGACGUUGGUAUCACUCGAAACGUCAAUCGAUCGAACAAGCGAGCCUAUUAUCGUUCGUCGAUAUUCGCGGUAGCUCGAUACUACAACUUUAUUCUUUUUCGUUCCUCACCGUUCGCGAUUUAGUGCAUUUAGAUUCACUUUCUUUCACGCUUAAUUUUUAUUUAAAAAUUAUUCAUCAUUACGAUAGGCAAUGACACGUAGGGAAAGAAAAUAGUCUUAAAGAGUGUUUAGAGUGAAUAGAACAGUGAGAGAAUAGAGCAGAAGCUUCUGGAAUUAACGUUAUAAAAGGCUGUAUAAUUUUGCGAUUUAGUUCAAAAACUCGCUCGUACGUACGAUCUAAGUAAAAUCAGACUUGCAGAAAUAGAUUAUCGGACCUACCGACAUUGGAAAAAAUAGUACUUUAAGGGAUAACUAAAUAAGAACAUGUAACAAACAAUCCUGGACAAUCUUCACAGUUGAAAAAGUUGUAGUUGCCCGAUAAAGUACAAAAAUGAUCCUCGAAGAACGAAAGCUGCUACUGAGACUGGCUUUCAGAGCUGACGCCACGACGCACGAGGAGAAGCGAAACGCGAAAGCUUGAUAGAUUCGUUAAGAUGGAUGCUUUCGAUACGAUACAGAAUCUGUACUGAUACGUAGACGCGGUUAAAGAUAACGAAUAUCUCAGGGGUGCAAGUCUAAGCACAAGAUAGGAUAGAAAAAGAUGAGAUAGAAGAGGCAGUUGGGUUCAAGUGUUGUUGCAGCCUAGACGAAUUAACGGCAUUGACUUCGAUACCUACGACGACUAGUCACUUAACAAGCACGCUUCUUCGGAAAAAUCACAGCGAUUAUCCAUUUAAGGGUAGAACUUGUGGAAUCGAAUCCGCAAAACGAUCAUCAUCUACAUUUGUAACUAUACGAGAUAACUUCUUUAUGCAACGUUACAGUGUUUUGUACAGAUGUGUUCAUCGCAUAUUUGUCGAUUUAACGCCAAUUCUUAUAAGCAUAUCAAUCAUUUCGUUGACAUUGACAAUAUUUUCUUGAAAUGAGUUAAUGUUUAAUUUAGUUUUAGACGUUUAGACCUUUAAAUUUACAGAUAUAAUUUGAAAAUAAUUAGUUAUUCGUUAAAAUCGAAUAGAUGAUCAAAUCAAACAGAACACCAAACAGAACACAGAAAUCACAUUGUUAGGCAUUUCAUGCUGCUUGAUCUUAUAAGAAUCUUUGAUCGACGACAUUGUAAUUUGUUCUAGUGCCCGUGUGAUGUAGUGAGCAGCACUGUUACAACAUCUUCCCAUUAGUUUUAAACGUGUUUAUGUGCCCACACUGCGUUUGAUUUCGUCGUAGCCACGUGUCAGCGUAAUUUGGCAGGCUAAUGGAUUCUUUAAUCUAUAUGAAGACUCGCAUCGCUUCGUAAAUUCGAGUCUAGUUUAGAAAAAAAGCACAGUGCUUCUUUGCGCCGAAUUUUCGUCAUUCAAUCUCUAUUUCCUUCUUGCCGGAAGUAAUAAUAUUACUACUAGGCUAAUCUUAUUUAGGAUCCUUGCGUCACUAUAAUAUCGUUGUUGGUUAAGAUUUACCAUUCUUAGAAAUACUUUCAAGGUCGUGGAACUAAUUUAGAUGUCUUGGAUAACGACAUCGUAUAAGGUAAGCUCUAACAGAAAAAUAAUUAAAAAUGAAAAAAAAAGCGGAAAGAAGAGAACGAGAAAACAGACCAGGCUCGAUGAUAACGCAGCGGUAGUGUAAUUUUGUGUUACUAUCGUUGUUUCGUAGCUUUUUUCACGGUGCUUGAAUCACCGUAAGAUCAUGAUGCAAUACUUCGAAAUAGCAAAAGUUAGACUGUAGAAUACGGCAAGUGAUAAUUCUAAUCAUCUCGCCGAGUAUCGAAAAAUAGUUAUCGAGCGUUUGACGCAAAAAAUCGGGGCCAAAUCCUGUCGUGCGCCAGUCGAAUUAGCGAUCUUAGCUCAUGGCGUUCGCUGCCAAUUUAGUACCUCGUUACUUUCCCUUCUUUUAGGAAUUUUCUUUCUAGUGACUUCGAGUUCAAAUCACGUCGCAAUAUUCGUGUUUAUAUAGGUUCACUUACGCCUAUAUUAAUAUAUUCCUUCGGUCGUGAAUCAAACAGAAAGUUACGCCACGAUCGAAUCGUUCCUUUUCCUUACUCCAUUUAAACGAUUCGUUCACGAACACCAAUAAUUUUCGUCCACUUUCUUCAUUCCUUAUCGAUACUUCUCAGCUCGUGAAACGAAACACCAAAAUACUAUACGAGACUAAUUACAACGAAUAUGUGGAAGGGGUGAAUAUUAUCAAGCAACCUUCUCAUAGGAGUAGAAUCUGGCCGGCUGGACGAUAUUUCCGGAUUUCGCCUCGAUCAACGCGAACGUUCGUCUUUCUAAUUAUGAUUAAUCAAUGUCUAUGUGUAACGAAACUUAGGGUAAUAAUAAUAGCGUUAACAAUAACAAUCGUUAAGGUGAGAUUAUCAUCGUAGGCUAGUUAAGAAUACGGUAGGCUCUAUAUGUAACCGUAUGUUACCUUCUUGAUUUCAAUGAGUGCUAGUCACAUGUAUUAUUCCCGGGGCACUCCUAUUAAGCAUUAGGUAGGUCACGGUGUGAUUUUAGUCGGUAAGUCCGACACUACCCCGCUGCUUCCCGAAAAAGCGACGAGGUGUCCAUGACUAUUUCCUCACGUAUAAAAAAAAUUCACAUGUAUUAUAAUUACUUAACACUCGUAUUCUCAACACAUGAAUAUAUAAACACGACAUAUUAUAUAUACACAUAACAUUAUAACAUAAACAACAUAACAUUCUAUGUCUAUUAUUCUAGGAACGUAUUAAACGACGUUGUAAAGUGUAAGGGUGCUUCAGGUCUAAUUAAUUGUAAAUCAAUCGGAAUGCUAUUGUAACCCGAAAAGAAAAGCGAAUACAGUUACGGAAGAAAAAAGAAGAAAAAGAAUGAAAAUGGAACGUUCUCGUGCGACUAGGGCUACAUUUUGCUCGGGAAAUGGACCGGUGUCUCUUAUCGUCGAUUAAUUUAUAUCGAAUCUUCGAUUAGAGUCACCGAAGCACAGGACGUAUCUUUGUUAUGCCGAUAUUCGAUAUCAAUUGUAUGACAAUAUAAGGUAUCACGAGUAGAGUAACGUGCCACGGGCGUUCACCAUUCUCAAACGAGACAUGUGAAAUGAGCAAGUAAUGUAAAAGAGUAGCAAGUUAGUUACUAUUAAUCUCGAUGUUCUCUUUCGCGGCGCGCGUAUCCUAGAUGCGUCGCGAAGUCAUUUAGAACAUUUCGCUGAAACAGCGCGCGAUCCAACUAUCAAGAUCUUUGCAAUUCAUUCGUUGGUUAUUUCACUAAAGAAUCGUCGCUUUACUGAACGAUCGAUCUCGAUCGUUGGAUCACGCGUACUGUUCGCGAUCGCCCUGUCGUCGAUCGCAUUUGCUCGUUUAUUUUUCUCCCGUGCUCACAGUCAAGACCGCUUAAUAUUGAUGACGGGUGUUUUAAGCGUGUGAUUAUAAGAUAUCAAGUGGACAACGAAUCAUCGCGGUCGAGUGGGCAGCGAUCACGACGCGGCGUUUCGCCGAAAUGAUCGCUCGAAUUGAACGCAAUUAUUACGAGUUCUCCGAUCGUACGACCAUUUAUUACCUUUAUCUAACCGCCAAGUAUAAGAGAACAAGGUAAGAAGGAAUGUUUAAAAAUUAAAAAUGCGAGUAAAAUGCGAGUUCUAUCUGUCAUCGUUUUAGCUGUUAAGGAUUCAUCAUCAAAGUAAAUGGGGGUAGUUCUAAUCCAAGUAAGCGUACCACGUAAGUGCAGCACAUUGAAAAAAUACGGGAAAAAAUAACAAGUAGUACAAUGUAUAGGUUUGUGUAUAAAUACUCAAGGACAUAUGUAAAGAGGUAUCGGUCUUGGGGCACACGUCGAGCGCUCGUUACCGAUCUCUUCCCAUUGGUUCAACGUUGAAAGGUAUUUACGGACGAAAGCCUAACAAGAUCGUUCCUCUAAGCUUCUUGAGAUACCACGAAAACGUUUUUGACCGUUUUCUAUUCACUAUCCGUGAGUAAUCGAAGUGCAACGGCCCUUUUCACCGAGGGAUCUCAUGAUAACCUGCGGUGGUCGAUAGGUAACGAGCACUCCGUUUCAUGGAACAUCAAGAGAGUCUUCCUCGCGAUGGCAAACGACACUCGACGCUCGGUGAUCAUUUUAUGGCCUUAAUCAAAUUUUCAUUAGGGGUCAAGUGUCUUCGUAAUCGCGACAUCGCGUUUGUCGCGAUAAAAAGAAAAAAAUGUCUAUAACGACGACACGAAUGGCCAACGCAUACCAAACGGAGCACAAAAGGUACUGUUGAAUAUUGUAUUAAAUUCAGUGUAUUUUGCGAACUUCGUUUGCGAUACCGAUGGGCCGAUGUUUUGUGCUAACUUCGUGUAAAAUUUUGAUCGACGCUUUAACGUGCCCCACGACUCUUAUCGACGACUGAUUCGAUUGAUCUGGAAAGAUUUUAUAGCGAUUCUGCGUCGUUCUCUUUUGCGCGUUUCUUCACACGAGACCGCUGAAAGAGUUUUAAUACAUGACGCAAUCGUGGAAAAUUUUUCAACGAAUGAAGCACCGAAUAGAGGAAUUUUUCGAGAAGCAAAGUUACAUAUAACUGAAUAAGAACGAAUUAAAGGGGCCACGUGAGGAAGAAUAAACUGUCGCGUGUUUCUGAUUAUUGUGAUUAUUUCUGACUAUACUGGUCUCAUGUCGUACUAUCAAACAUGGAAUAUCUUUAUGGUGUCUCCGUAAGACGAUCGACGUGGCCUGUUAACAAACGAAUAUGGACAUACGUCACAGAGUUUCUCCAACUAGAAUCGUGUAUUCAUCCAUUGCAUACCAACAGGAAAUUAAGAAUAUUGCCAUAUUGGACUGUGAAAUGUUGUCAAAAACAUUUUCGGAGUCGUCAUAUGGUUGUUAAGGCAUUGAAGUAUUAAAAACUCUUAUAUAUAUAUAUAUAUGUUGAAGUUAUAAUUACUUCUAUGAUGGUCAUACCAAGCAGCGUAAUGGAUGAAUGACAUGCACUUAAAAAUUAUAAAAUGUCGUAAUUACUUCCGAGGUCGAGUAACACAGAGUAACUUUCAGGCCCUGAUUACUAAAUCCUAAAUGAAGCUGUAACGAAGACAAACAAAGUUAGUCAAAAAAAAAGUACGUGAACGAUAAAUCCCAGUAGUCGCGAUCGUAUGAGAAGAAGAACGACUUUCGAUUCUGUGCUAGAUUUCGGGACACCGUGUAAUUCUGCGUAGCUCGACUAGGUUCUCGUUGAAAUACGAUUACUGCAAUACGUCAAGGCUAAACUGUAACAAUAAAAACAAAAUAAAAUAUUAUA